AUGCCACCUGCCCUGCCACCCUGCUCACCACCUAGAAAUUCCUUCCAUUCUGCCGCAUGGCUGGGCCCUGCACUGGGCCAGGCCUUCACGGGGGCAGGGGACAAGGAGAGAGGGGGUCUGGGCCGUGAAUGGGACACAGGCAGUGACCACCUGGAGGAGGGAGGGCAGCUGGCAAAGGCCUGCAGGAGCCCAGAGCGUGUUCUUCCAACUGGAGCCUCUGCUGUGGGAGCCCCAGCCACAGGGUCAGACAGAAAAGAGGUCCCACCCAAGCUCAGCCCUCAGCAGCCCUUGACCUUGGGCAGUUUGACUCCCUUCAAUGGGCCUCAGUUUCCUCCUCUGUACAGGGGGGGUGAUAACAGUUUCUCCCCACAGCCCCAGCCCGCCACCAGGCCCGAUGUUGCCCCCUGGCUGCCUUCCCACACCCUGAGCUCCACCUUGGGUCCUGGAGCUCUGGAGGACCUGACUUCAAGGGAUCUUACCUCCCCUUCCUCUUUGACUAAGGAGAAGCAAGAGCUUGCAGAUGACCUGCUGUGGGACUUUGCCUUGCAAUUAGAAGAAGGAAAGCGGGUCCGGUUCCUUCAGGACCCGCUUCAGGGGGCACCGCGGCGGCUUGGGGACCACUUGGAGCCCCGUCCUGGGGAGAAAACAGCUCACGUCUAUGGCCCUGACUGCUUAGGCGGGAGCUGCCUGCAGCUCAGCUUCUCCGGGGCAUUUUUUUCUACACGCUGGGUGAGCUAUGAACAGGCCAACUGCAAGGGCGAGCAGUUUGUGUUUGAGAAGGGCGAGUACGCCCACUGGGACUGGUGGACCAGCAGCCUGAGGCCCAUCAAAGUGGACAGCCAAGAGCACAAGAUCAUCCUCUAUGAAAACCCCAACUUCACUGGGAAGAAGAUGGAAAUCAUAGACGACGAUGUACCCAACUUCCACGCCCAUGGCUACCAGGAGAAGGUGUCAUCUGUGCGGGUGCAGAGUGGCACGUGGGUUGGCUACUAGUACCCUGGCUACCGUGGGCUGCAGUACCUGCUGGAGAAGGGAGACUACAAGGACAGCAGCGACUUUGGGGCCCCUCACCCUCAGGCCCAGUCCACAGGCUCAUGUCUGGGGCCCCGGAGGAGUGAGGGCAGCAAAGAAGAACAGACAAUGGGCUCCACGCAGACCUCUGCAACACACUGGAGCCUGAGCCCACUGCUGCAGGACCCAUCAACUACAAGGAGGAGGGAGAAGGUGUUGGAGUGUGGAUAUGAGUCAUGGAACUCUGGGGCUAUAUUGCUGCCAGGUAGGAAUCUGUUGUAGGAAGGAUAAAAUCAAUGGACAUAGAAAGGCAGACUGGAGAAGG